UCCCGCUGCCCUGUCAGGCCCGCGCGGCUCCCUCGCAGCAGUCGCCUCCGGCUCCACGGCCGCAGCCCGCGUGGACGCUCGGAGCGCCCCCCGACUGACGGGACCGGCCCCCUGGCGGGCAGGAGAGCGGGCGGCCGCGCCCGGCAGGCAGCGCGGGGGUUAAGUGGCCCAAGUAAACGUAGCUCGGCGAUCGGAGCCGGAGAUUCGCGAGCCCAGAGCCCUGCGCGGCCGCCCGCCGGCCUCCCGCCAGCCGGUCCCAACCCGCGGCUUCACCGCGGAGCUGCGCCCGAGCCAGCCUCUCGGCAGGAAACGAUGAAGGGAGACACCAGACAUCUUAAUGGAGAGGAGGACGUCAGCGGGAGGGAGGACUCUAUCAUCAUCAACGGGGCCUGCAGUGACCAUUCCUCGGACUCGCCCCCAAUCCUAGAGGCUAUCCGCACCCCGGAGAUCAGAGGCCGCAGGUCCAGUGCACGGCUGUCCAAGAGGGAAGUCUCCAGUCUGCUAAGCUACACUCAGGAUCUGACGGGCGAUGGAGAUGGAGAAGGGGAGGACGGGGAUGGCUCCGACACACCAGUGAUGCCAAAGCUCUUCCGUGAAACCAGGACUCGUUCUGAAAGCCCAGCUGUCCGAACCCGAAAUAGCAACAGUGCCUCCAGGUGGGAGAGGCACAGGCCCUCCCCACGUACUACCCGAGGCCGACAGGGCCGCAAUCAUGUGGACGAGUCCCCUGUGGAGUUCCCGGCUACCAGGUCCCUGAGGCGGCGGGCAACAGCAUCGGUUGGCACACCGUGGUUAUCCCCUGCCAGCCCUUACCUCACCAUUGACCUCACAGAUGACACGAAUGACGCUGAUGUGACACCCCAGAGCAGCAGUACCCCCUACUCCCACCUAGGCCAGGAUAGCCAGCAGGAUAGCUUCGAGUCCCCACAGGUGGAUGCAGAAAGAGGAGACACAGACAGUGCUGAGUAUCAGGAUGGAAAGGAAUUUGGAAUAGGGGACCUUGUGUGGGGAAAGAUCAAGGGCUUCUCCUGGUGGCCUGCCAUGGUAGUGUCAUGGAAGGCCACCUCCAAGCGACAGGCCAUGUCCGGCAUGCGAUGGGUCCAGUGGUUUGGUGAUGGCAAGUUCUCUGAGGUCUCUGCAGAUAAACUGGUGGCCCUGGGGCUGUUCAGCCAGCACUUUAACCUGGCUACCUUCAAUAAGCUGGUUUCUUACAGGAAGGCCAUGUAUCAUGCCCUGGAGAAAGCCAGGGUGAGAGCUGGCAAGACAUUCCCUAGCAGCCCUGGAGACUCAUUGGAGGACCAGCUGAAGCCCAUGCUGGAGUGGGCCCACGGGGGCUUCAAGCCCACUGGCAUCGAGGGCCUCAAACCCAACAACAACCAACCAGAGAACAAGACAAGAAGACGAACAGCUGAUGACUCAGCUACCUCUGACUAUUGUCUUCCACCCAAGCGCCUCAAGACAAAUUGCUACAACAAUGGCAAAGACCGUGGGGAGGAAGACCAGAGCCGAGAACAAAUGGCAUCAGAUGUCACCAACAACCAGAGCAAUCUAGAAGACAGCUGCCUGUCUUGUGGCAAGAAGAACUCCGUGUCAUUCCACCCUCUCUUUGAGGGGGGGCUCUGUAAGACAUGCAGGGAUCGGUUCUUGGAGUUGUUCUACAUGUACGACGACGAUGGCUAUCAGUCUUACUGCACCGUGUGCUGUGAGGGCUACGAGCUGCUGCUCUGCAGUAACACAAGCUGCUGUCGGUGCUUCUGCGUGGAGUGCUUGGAGGUGCUGGUAGGCCCCGGCACAGCAGCGGAGGCCAAGCUCCAGGAGCCCUGGAGCUGCUACAUGUGUCUGCCACAGCGCUGUCACGGCAUCUUGCGGCGCCGGAAGGACUGGAACAUGCGCCUGCAGGCUUUCUUCACCAGCGACAUGGGGCAUGAAUAUGAAGCCCCCAAGCUGUACCCUGCGAUUCCUGCAGCCCGAAGGCGGCCUAUUCGAGUUCUGUCUCUGUUUGAUGGAAUCGCAACAGGCUACUUGGUCCUCAAAGAAUUGGGCAUAAAGGUGGAAAAGUAUGUUGCCUCUGAAGUGUGUGAAGAGUCCAUUGCUGUUGGAACCGUUAAGCAUGAGGGGAAUAUCAAAUAUGUGAACGACGUGAGAAACAUCACUAAGAAAAAUAUUGAAGAAUGGGGCCCAUUUGACUUGGUGAUUGGUGGAAGCCCAUGCAAUGAUCUCUCAAAUGUGAAUCCUGCUAGGAAAGGCUUGUAUGAGGGGACAGGUCGGCUCUUCUUUGAGUUCUACCACCUGCUGAAUUACUCGCGCCCCAAGGAGGGUGAUGACCGACCAUUCUUCUGGAUGUUUGAGAAUGUAGUAGCCAUGAAGGUCGGAGACAAGAGGGACAUCUCUCGGUUCUUGGAGUGCAAUCCAGUGAUGAUUGAUGCCAUAAAAGUAUCUGCUGCUCACAGGGCACGAUAUUUCUGGGGCAACCUUCCUGGGAUGAACAGGCCGGUGAUAGCAUCAAAGAAUGAUAAACUCGAGCUUCAAGACUGCUUGGAAUACAAUAGGACAGCAAAGUUAAAGAAAGUACAGACAAUAACCACCAAGUCGAACUCGAUCAGACAGGGGAAAAACCAACUUUUCCCUGUUGUCAUGAAUGGCAAAGAAGAUGUUUUGUGGUGCACUGAGCUCGAAAGGAUCUUCGGCUUUCCUGUACACUACACAGAUGUGUCCAACAUGGGCCGAGGUGCCCGCCAGAAGCUGCUUGGGAGGUCCUGGAGUGUGCCUGUGAUCCGACACCUCUUCGCCCCCCUGAAGGACUACUUUGCAUGUGAAUAGUUAAACCCAGGUGCUGGGGCUCUGGGACCAGUGGCAGAGCCAAGACCCAGGAGAUGCAAUUGCUCAAUGCACCCCUAGGCUCUCUGCCCUUCCUCAGCUCAGCUAUGCGGGUCGUCCUAUGUACCUCAGUUCUCUCCUGCUCAGUAGGAGCAGAGCCACCUGUCUCUUGCAGGGGUCCCCGAGGUGCUGCCUCCUUGUGCACAAUUCUGUCCUGGCUGCUCGGAGCAGCUAAACACGGUGCUCAUUUUUCUUCUCCUUAAACUUUAAAACUUGAAGUAGGUAGUAAAAUAGCUUUUUUUCCCCCUCCUGGAUUUACCACUCAGAGAAACUAUGGCUAAGAUAACCAAAACCACAGUGCUGACAGCUCUCUAAUACUCAGGUUAAUGCUGAAAAAUCAUCCAAGACAGUUAAUACAAAACUUCCCUAUUUUAAAUAUCUGCUGCUCCACAUUUGCAAGUGUGUACAGUGGUAGAUGUGUAGCUAAGAGACAUUUUUAAGGGCCCAGGGUAUGUUUUUUGUAGGGCUAGCAGAAGAGGAAAUGAUGUAUAUGUCUUUCUUGAAUUUUUAACCCAGCACAUUUCCCUUGCCUCAGUACAAGGGCUGGAGUCUGCUGUUGGGGGCCAAUUAGAAUAUUUUCCACAAUGAUGGUGAUUUCAGCAGGGAUGACAUCAUCAUUGCAUUCAGGGCUAUUUUUUCCCACAACCCCAAGGGCAGGGACCUCCCUUAGCUGAAUCCCUCCCGGUGACUGCAAUAGAGCCCUCCAGGAAGCUCAGGAAGGGGUGUGCUGAGUUAUAUGAUAUAAGCUGCCAUAUGCUCUGUAGGAGUAUGGCUCCUCUGUAUCUCCCUCUUCCUUAUGCGAGGGGUGUGACGGAGGGAGCGUAGAUAAAGACCCCCCAAUGCCUCCAGGCACAGGUCCCCAGGUUAGAAGUAUAUCACCCUAAUUCCUCACCCUUUUCUAGACUCAGAGGCAGGGAAGCAAGCCAGGGGCAGAAGCACAUUUCCCACACCUCCUCCCUCAUCUUAGAGAUGGCAGCUGGGAAACUGCAAUAAAAGCUCAAUCCUCCCUCCCUCUCCAGAUUUUAAAAUUCUUUUUUAUUCCACGAUAAAUCGUUUUUUAGUGGGAAUGGGAGUUCAGACAAGCUGCAUUUCAGAAAUGCUGUCAGAAUGGUUUUUAACACCUUUUACUCUUCUUACUGGUGCUAUUUUGUAACAACAUCUGACAAGUUUUGUGGGGCUUUUUAUACACUUUUUUUUAAAGUCUCAAGGUUCUAUUUUUAUGUUUAACAUUUUCAUUAAAGUUUUUUUUUUUUUUUGUAACUGGAGCCACGAUGUAACAAGUAUGGGGGAAAAACCGUGCCUUGUUUCAACAGUUUUUGCUAAUUUUUAGGCCGAAAGAUGACGGACGUCUAGAGUUUACCUUCUGUUUAAUUAAAAUCAGUAUUUCUCUA